AUGGUUGUGGGGACGGUGGGUUGUGCGGUUGUGCGGUUGGCUGCAAGAGAGCUAAAUGGCAUUUGUGUGUUGGCUGCAGUGGUUGUGGUCUGUUGUGGUUGUGUGUAGUUCUUUGAGAUUUGUGCAGGUGGUGCAGAUUAUGUGGAUGUUAGCUGUAUUGAGAAGUUUGAGUGAAACUUAAGAACUGAAAGUUCCAAAUUUCGAAGUGUGAAUGCAAAUUCCUAAAUAAAUUUCUUAGUUUUAUUUUGGGUCUGACAGAAAAAAUAUUCCCAAAAUGACGUCUUAUCUGUCUAAAAAAGAAUUUGAAGAAAUGAAGCCGUACGUGGACAAGACAGUUCAAAAGUUUCUGGGGUUUAGCGAACCUUCUCUUGUGACUGCUGCAUUGAACUGCCUUAAUUCAGGAUACGACAAAAAGAAGACAACAAGCAAGUUAGCUUCUCUCUUAGAUGAAAAGAAGGCAGCUCGCUUAGCAGAACGAAUAUUUGAUAUGGCUGAUGAAAUUAGAGGAGCUGGACGUGGCGGUAGUAGAAAAAGACAUCACGACUCUGACACAAAAGAUUCUUCAGGAGGUAAUGAUGCUAAGAAGGUUAGAGGCAGAGAAUCGGAAACUACGACAGUUUCAUCUGCAAAUCCCAGUCCUGGUCAACUAACUGCAUUGCAGAUCAAAGAAAUGAUGGCAAAUGCACAGAAAAUGAUUGAAGAACGUAAACGUGCUCUAAAUGCAUUACGUGUGGAUGAACCACCAUCAUCUAGGUCUUCAAACUACAGAGAUGAAAGUGUGCCUCUUCGUCAAGGAUUUGGAUUUCCUGCCACUACUCUCCAGUCUUCUCUUCUACAGCAUGGAGAUGUAGAUAAAGCUCGUAAGAUUGCUCAGUUGCAGGCCCAGAUUCAAUCAAAAUUGACAAGUGGUUCAUUAAGCUUACCUGCAAUGAGAUCUGUUGCCCCAGAGAAACCCACUCCUUUAAUUUUGGAUGCUGAAGGUCGCACUGUUGACUUGUCUGGCAAAGAAGUGCAAUUAACUCAGCUUGUUCCUACUUUGAAGGCUAAUAUCCGAGCAAAAAAGCGAGAAGAAUUUAGACAACAAUUGCAAGAAAGAGCUGUUGAAGACCUUUCUGAUACACGUUUCUUCGAUCCUCGGGUUGGAAGCAAACCUGCUGUUCGUGGAAAACGUGCUUUACGUUUUCAUGAACCUGGUAAAUUUCAACAAUUGGCUGAACGAAUGCGCAUGAAGGCCCAGUUAGAGCGCUUGCAAAAUGAGAUAUCUCAGAUAGCUCGAAAGACUGGCAUUAGCUCUGCUACGAAACUUGCCCUAAUGGCUCCCCGUGGGGAAGCUUUGGGUGCUGAGGAUGUUCCUAAAGUUGAGUGGUGGGAUUCUGUCCUUGUUGGUGCUGGUGGAUAUCCUCCUGAUGUUGAACAGACAUCAAGUAUUCUCAAAGCGGAAGCUAUUACUCAUCUUGUAGAACAUCCCACUCAGAUGCGGCCACCUACGGAUCCAUUAAAACCAGCAUAUUUACCAGUAUUUUUAACCAAAAAAGAACGUAAGAAACUUAGGCGUCAAAAUCGAAGAGAAGCAUGGAAAGAAGAGCAAGAGAAAAUUAGAUUAGGUCUGGAACCCCCACCAGAGCCCAAGCUACGAUUGAGCAACCUAAUGCGAGUGUUGGGCACAGAAGCUACCCAGGAUCCCACACGAGUGGAAGCUCAUGUACGAGCUCAAAUGCUGAAACGUCAACGUGCUCAUGAACAGGCUAAUGCUGCUCGUCGAUUAACUGCUGAGCAAAGGAGAGACAAAAAAACAAGACGUUUGCAGGAAGAUACUUCCUUAGGAGUAUGUGUUUGUGUGUAUAGGGUAAAAGAAUUAACAAAUGCCAGUAAGAAAUUUAAAGUAGAAACUAAUGCCAAGCAGCUGUUUCUUACUGGGUGUGUUGUCCUGUUUCGAGAUUGUAAUGUUGUUGUAGUUGAAGGAGGUCCUAAGCAAUUAAAGAAGUAUAAAAGGUUAAUGAUGAAUAGAAUUAAAUGGGAGGAAGAUACAGUGCGAGAUCCUGAGGGUGUAGCUACACCCAACAAAUGUCACGUCGUGUGGGAGGGUAUGUCAAAACAACGGAAUUUUGGAGAAGUGAUAUUCAAAGUCUGCCCUAGUGAAAGGUUAGCACGUGAUCAUUUUAAGAAACAUAAUGUGGAACAUUAUUGGGACUUGGCAUAUAGUGGUGCAAUCCUUGAAACAAGCCAAGAUGCAUAAAUCACCAAAGAAGCUCAAAAUACUGUGAAAAUCAAGAAAAAAGAAACAAGAACAGGAAGUGAAUGGACAUUUGUAGAUUAGAUAGGAAUGUAUAUUCGAAUUCGAUAUUGUGGAUUAAAAUAUUUGCUGCAAAUACUGUCUUUUUGCUUCUUCUUCUUCUUCUUCUCUUUUUUCUUCUUCUUCUUCUUCUUCGAAUACUUCAUAUUGAAAUGUGUUUUUCAUCUCAGAUUUUUUUUAUUUCUAUUCUGGCAGCGGACUGAGAAGUUUUUCUGGGGUCUUUUGUAAAUACUUGAGAAACCAUUGGUUAAGCACUUCGUAUAGUGAAUUUUUAAUGUUUUUAAUAUUUCAUAUUUUAAUUUCAGAGAUUUUAUUUCAUCAGAUACAUCAUUAUACUUGUAUAAUGAUACAUCAGACUAUUUGAAUUCAGUUUUCUUCAACUUAAAUGGAUAAGCAAAAUGUUUGCUGCAUAAGAACAUGAUUGGAUAACUCGUAUAAUACAUUUUGUAUUUUAUAAACACUCUUUAUUUGAAAAUAAUAUUUUGUAAUGUUAUGAAAGGCUGAAUGUUAAAUUUGCAUUAUCUGCACCUUCAUUUUCUCUACAGAAUACAAGUCUAACCAGAAAUUUUGUAUCACGUGUAAGUUUUUCUUUACACUUCAAAUUUUUUUAAAAAGGUUUUUCUCAUAUGCUUUUUAAAACUAACCAUAAUAAUGUUGUUUAUAUUUAGUUAUGAAAAGAAAGAGUUUGUAUACAAUUCAUCUUCAUCAUUAUUAUCAUAGAACUAUAAUAACAAGAUCCAAAAUCUGUUUGGUUUUUUUUAAACGCGACAUUAUAUGAUGUGUAUGGACAAUUGUAUUUGAAUCCGUUUAGUUAAAUUACUGAAAUGAGCUCUUUGUAAGCGAAAAUCUUUUUAUAGUGAAAAAGAUACUAUUUAAAUUUUGAUACCAUAUCUAUUGAUCAACUUUUGUUGAUUUAAUUGAUUUUAUUUUUAAGGUAUAUUUUUAUUUUCUCGUAUACAUAUGGAGU